UGCAAGCGGUUCCGUCAGUUGCGUCCGGAGGAUCACAACAGUUCGUGCGGGACAUAUAAUUUGAUAUUUUCUCUUAAAAAUUCCAACCGGCCAAUCCGUCCAGUGUUCCGCUUCCGGUCUUCCCGGCUACGCGUCUGUGGAACUAGCUCUGAAAAGUGUUUUAUUUUAUUUUAUUUAAUUUUUUAUUUUAUUUUUUUUUUUUUUGGAAGUGGUUGUUCUGUUUUAUCGGUUGUGCGUUGACUGAACCCAGGGAUGAGCAGUGGUGGAGCCGCUUAAGCCGGAAAACCCUCCUGAACGAGAAGAUGUUCUGUAACACCAGCAACAUAGAACGUACUAUUAGGCUCUUGUCGACGUUCAAUCGUAAACCACAACCAAAACAAAACAGCAGUAGUUUAGUCGCGGGAUGGCGAUGAAAUGCGUCUCGACGCUGUCCUGCGUGGCGAUCACGUUGCUCGUCGCUCUCGUCGUGUUCGUGUGGAUCCAGUUCGGCCAGAUACCAAUCCAAUCGAAGCUGGAGAAAGUGCGCAACGCGACGCGCGCUAAUGUCACCGUUUCCGGCCGUAAAAAUUUCUUCGACGUGAAUCGUUUCUACCCUGACCCGGUCGAAGACACGGAAUGGGUGGAACCGUUGAAAAUCAGCCCGCCACCCCUCAACAGCCACGACCGCAUUUUCGAGGAGAUGCAUUACAGCAACAACAACCUCACCGCCGGCAACAACGACGUGCCAACCUCAAAACACCACAGCGGCCACUUCCGGCACAAGACUGCGGACGUGUGGGACCCCUACCCCCGUUAUGAGAUCAAGGCCUUCGGCCGCAAGAUGAUCCUCGAGUUGGCCCACGAUUCGGGCUUCGUCACGCCCGAUUUACAUAUUGUGACCCACGUGCACGAGAACUACACGGAACGCGAGCGCCACGACCCAAAACUGACGGGGUGCUUCUACAAGGGCACCGUGCGAGGAGAUCCAGAUUCCAACGUCGCCGUGUCCUUGUGCCACGGAAUGACUGGAUACAUCAAAACGUCUGAGGAUGCGUACCACAUCGAACCAGAACAGUUCAACAACAACACAAUCAGCACAAUCCUCCACAAAAUCACCCGAGUGCAUCUGGCACCUCAACCCUCCAACGACGUCAUCGACAGCUUCUCAGAAGAAAUCGAUUCGAUACCCGACGAUCAGGAUUUUCAUGGGGAGAUCGUGGAGGAUGAAUUUCAGCCGCCACAGCACUCGAUACGUCGCAGGGACCUGCGUUUCGACGACCUGGACACGCAGCAGGACUUUAAACCUUUGGAUUUUAUGAACGAACACGUGGAGAAUCCGUUCCAUCUCAACGAUUACGGGGAUUACACCAGGAAUUCGAGGCAGGCUGACUACUGGCCGCCUCGUGAGGUUAAAAGGAGCCACAACUAUUUCGUGGAGGUGAUGCUGGUGGUCGACAAAAGUAUGAUUGAUUACCAUAAAACUGAGGAGAAUUUGAACCAUUACAUUAUGACUUUAAUGAACCACGUUUCCUUAUUGUUUAAACAUUCCUCCAUUGGUAACUCGAUAAGUGUAUCUCUAGUUAAUAUUUUACACCUAAAACACAAGACGUUUGAGUAUGAACAAUCCGCGAAGAUCCUGUCGAAAUUUUGCCAAUGGCAAUCCCAAAGUACCAACCACAAAAACCAUGACGUUGCUCUCCUCCUCACCAGGAGUACAAUAUGUACAAACACGAGUGAAUACUGCAGAUUUUUGGGUAUUGCGCAGGUGGCGUCGAUGUGCGGCUCAGAAAGCUGCGCAGUAGUAAUCGACAGAGGUUUGGCCACCUCCUACACAAUUGCCCACGAGCUCGGACACGUUUUAAGUAUGCCCCACGACAACGACACGAGGUGCAACCAAUUCAACAGGGGACAAAGGGUGAUGAACAUCAUGAACAACAUCAUGAAGAACGACACCAAACCGUGGAUGUGGUCGAACUGUUCCAAGCACUACCUAACCGAGUUCCUAGAUACACCUAGGGCAAAAUGCCUUUUAAACUCCCCCACCAACGAAAUGAAAGGAAUCGGGGAUGACAGUUUUAAAUUACCCGGAGAACUGUUCGACGUUAACACCCAGUGCCAACUAGAAUAUGGCGAUGAAAUGCGAGUUUGUUCUUACAUGACGACGUGUCGGAAUUUGUGGUGUACACCUGAAAAGAAGGACGGCGAAAAAGAGGGCUGCAUUAGUAUGUUGUUGCCAUUAGCUGAAGGAACAAGAUGUGAAUACAACAAGUGGUGUUACCAAGGGGAGUGUCGUAGUGAGAACAGAUCGAUCCUCGUGCCGAUAGAUGGCGGCUGGGGCGAAUGGGGGAAAUGGGGACCAUGUAGUAGGUCCUGCGGAGGCGGCAUCAUGAAACAGACCCGCAAAUGUGACAAUCCGACGCCAUCAAACGGUGGCAACUUCUGUAUGGGUCGCAGGGAACAAAUCAGAUCAUGCAACGUCCAAAACUGCGACGCCAAGGAACCAGACUUUCGUGCUUUGCAAUGUGCUCGGUUCAACGGUGACCCGAAGAACAUACCCAAUUUGACCAACGAUGUUGAGUGGCUGCCAAAAUAUGGAUUAGAAAAACCUGACGACCGGUGUAAAUUGUACUGUCGUCCUAAAAACUCAAACGCCUUCUACGCCUUGAAGGAGAAAGUGGAAGACGGAACUAAAUGCGGUUUAACUAGCUUCGACAUUUGCGUCAACGGUAUUUGCAGAGCUGCAGGCUGUGAUAAUAAGCUGGACUCGAAAAUGAAACUUGAUGAUUGUGGUGUUUGUGGCGGCGACAACAGUAAGUGUCACAAAAUCGUCGGCAUCUACAACAGAUCAUCGCCUGGCUACAGUAGAGUCAUAAAAAUUCCAAAGGGGAGCUCUAACAUACUUAUUGAGCAAUAUUCGGAAAGUCCUCACACUCACGACCUAAAUUAUUUGGUUUUGAUGGACAUCGAAUCAGGCGAAUACAUCCUCAAUGGACACCAGGUGGUGAUGAGGGAUACCCAGGAUAUAACGUUCGGAGGGCUGUUUAUAAAGUACUCCGGGUCGGACGUACCAGUGGAAAGGAUCACCACUUCUAAACACUUCAAACUGCAACGUCCGUUGAUGGUGGAGGUUUUAUCAGUCGGAAACAUAACGGCAGCAAACAUCUCGUACAGCUACUACAUCGAUACAGACAACGCACCACGGCACGGUUGGAACCUGAACGAAAGACAUUGGACGCCCUGCGACUCGAUUUGUACGGGUACUCAGGAGUUACGCCCCUCCUGUGUCGAUUUAUCAACCGGUAUGGUUGUGGACGACAGCAAUUGCGUGGACAUGGACAGGGCCAGCAUGACCCAAACCAGAACCUGCAACUUGCACUGUCAACUGACAUGGAACGUGGUGUCACGCGGAGCUUGUUCCAGCGACUGCGGCCCAGGGUACCGUGAAGUUACGUACAAUUGUAUGAAGGUGGACGUCACGAAGGAGGCGUAUGAGGCGUACACGAGCGAGGCGGUGAACAGCCACACGGAAAUCGUGGACGAAAGGUGGUGCAGCAACGUACUGUCCAAGCCCACGCUGAUGGAGACGUGCACCGGAUUGUGUCACAGCACCAGAUGGAAAUACGAACAAUGGACACAAUGUUCGAAAACGUGCGGCGGCGGCAUGCAGCACCGUACCGCCAAAUGUGUGGACAGCAACGAACGGGAGAUAGACGAGGCCAAUUGUCGUGAGCCAAAAAUCACCGAAAAAACUUGCAACACAGGACGUUGUCCUUACUGGAGCCCCAGAGACUGGACACCGUGUUCGGUGUCCUGUGGGCGUGGCUUCCGCACCAGGACGUUCUUCUGCCUAAUCGACAACCGAGUGUAUCCGACGUCCGCCUGCGACGCCAAAGCAAUGCCGGAUAUCCGGGAGGAGUGCAACCAACGACCGUGCGACAUAGGUUGGAUAACGACGCCUUGGAGCGAGUGUUCAACAACAUGCGGCGACGGUAUAAUGAGGCGGUACGUCUAUUGUAGGCGGGACAGAGACCAUGUGGACGACGAGUACUGCCGAGACAUCCUCAAGCCCAAUUCCACCGCUCCCUGUUUCAGCGAAUGUCCCAUCAGCAAUUAUGACUACGGUGAGAACAUGAUAGAUGACAACUCUAUUUAUCCUUACGCCUGGAAAACAUCUUCUUGGACUGAGUGCUCCAAGUCUUGUGGUGGCGGCAAAAAACGUCGACAGGUCGUAUGCGAGGACGAAAGAGGUGUGCGAGUACUGAAGGAAAACUGCAACCCCCACGAAAGACCCUUAGACACAAUAGAUUGCAACAACUUCCCUUGUCCCAACUGGGUAUACGGCGACUGGGGAGUAUGCAACUCGGACUGCGUGCAAAUGCGACAAGUCAGCUGCGAAGAUCACACCGGCAACUUCAUGAAAGACCACAGUUGCGACGAAAAGAAAAAACCUGCGGUGAUACAACGAUGCACCCAGUGCAGACACCGACCAGUCGUCAAGGAAAAUAGACGCAUCACCAAUCCGGUGUACGUGUGGAAGGUUGGAAAGUGGAAGCAGUGCAACACGGAAUGCGGCCAGGGCACGAGACGUCGACAGGUCUAUUGUCGCGACACUCUGACGAACGUCACGGUGGUGGACAGUGUAUGCAACCUGCAACGCAAGCCGAAGGCCACUCAGCCGUGCGAACAGUAUCGAUGUGCGCACGCCUGGAUCCAAAGCAAUUGGUCGCAAUGCUCAAAGAGUUGUGGACGUGGAAUGAAGACAAGGAAUGUUACGUGCCAUAGAAUCUUGCCUGGAGGUGUUGUGAAUCCUGAGCCCCUUGAACAAAGAAUGAUCAGGGAUAGUAGUGAUUUCUGUAAUUUGUACAACAAACCUGUUGCCAUGGCUGAGUGCAAUUUGGGAAGAUGUGAGGACAGGUUCUAUUGGACCACUGGCCCUUGGACAGAGUGCCCAAAUAGAUGUGACGUUAACUCAAGACAAACGAGACGUUUAUAUUGCGUCAGAAGAUCGAACAACAGGAAAGUUAGAAGGAAGUUCUGUGCAAAGGAAUUCAGACCUAAGAAGAACAGGAAAUGUCCAAGGAAGCCAUGUUUGUAUAGAAACUGUAAAGAGAUCCAAUUGUACAAAAAGGCACGAGUGAACGAUGAUUAUACCGUUAGAAUUGGGAACAAACUUGCCAGUAUUUAUUGCUAUAAAAUGGAUACUUCUGAACCAGAAGAAUUCAUUACUUUACAACCAGACACCAAGAACUAUGCUGAAUUCUACGAUAAACGGUUGAUUGACUUGUCAACAUGCCCCUACAACAGGGAACGACGGGACAAUUGCCACUGCGACGUGAUCGACAGAGACCGACACGGUCUGAGUAACUUUUGGAAGGUUCGACUCAACAUCACUUCAUUGAAAAUCAUCAACACUGAUUUCACCUUCUCCAACGUGAUCAAAGGCACGAACAUCCCCUACGGAACCUCCGGCGAUUGUUACAGUUCCCUACGUGACUGUCCUCAAGGUCGCUUCUCCAUAGAUUUGUCCGGUACGUCGUUCCGCCUCGCCCCUGAGGUGCAGUGGAUCAAAAGCGGCAACCACAACGCCACCGCCCGCAUCCGUCCCAACAGACAUCGCACCGUCUUCGAGGGACAGUGUGGCGGCUACUGCGGCAGAUGCGAACCGGAUCCACGCUUCGGCUUGCAGCUGGAGGUUACUUAACUUCGUUUUACGUUUUUUUGGGGAGUAAAUCGCUGUGAUAGAAUCGGACACGCGCCUCGUAUUUUGUUUAGAUUUUUGUCGCGUUCAGUAUUACGUUUGAAACUCUUUACUGCCUUUCCUCUUAUGUUUUUCUGUUUAUUGAGGGAGUUGUAGUUCGGUACGACCAUGACAAUUUACCCUAGUUAAUUGUAAUCAUCGAGUUCGCCUUCUUCUCCUUUAUUUUUUUUCUGAAUUUGGAAGGAAAUGAUUGAUUUUAGCGUUUAGAAAUUGUGAAUUUUUCUUUUGAAUUAACUCUCUAGCUAGAAAGAAAAGUAUUUUCUUCGAUUUUAGUGCCUAAAAUGAGAGAAAAUAUUGUUUCUUUAGAAUCCUUUCAUUUUUAUUUCCUACUCGAACUCAUACUGCCAAAACAUAAAAACUACUACCUCAAAAACCUCGCUCUCUCUUUAAAACUUAAAAACUUUGCCGAGCUUUUUACGUCGUACUGCCACAGUUUUGUGUACAAAGUGUCCUUAUUAUAUUUGGAGCGUUUUUGUCACGCUCAGAUGUUUACUUCAACGUCUAUUCUUUCUGCCUCACAUUGAGGUGUUUUUGUACCGGCUUUCCGCUUUUUGUCCACGUUUAUGUGUAUAUUAUUAUUAUUAUUAAUUGACUAUUUUAAUUACUGGCCGUACGUUUAUUAUUAUUAUUAUUAUUUAUUGUCACGUGUAUGUUGUAACUUAUUUUUUAUUAUUAUUUUUUUAUCGUACAAUAAUUGAUUAUAAUCUGAAUAUGUUCAGAAGAAGACUGUUUUAAUACUCAAAGUUGUUUUGUUUCUAUUUUAUAAAUAUUUUUUGUUUGUUUCGGUUCUGUUUGCUGUUCAAUCCAU